CGUAAUCCGCUGCGUAACCAAGCCAAGGGCCGACGUAUGUAUACCAGCUUCAUCAAGGCUUGGGGCGACGAUGUCUCUGGGAACAGGAGCAAGCAGUACAAUGAGCACACAAAUAUCUAUCUGGCCCAUGCCAACUUGCCUCAUACGAAGCUCUCCCAAGAGUAUUUUGUACGUUUUUGCUCAACGUCGCCGCAUGCGAAUGCCGGAGCGCAAUUUGAUGCCAUGGUGGACUCCAUCAGCGGGCCGAACACUUGGCAUUCAGCAUACGAUUGUGAUCCUGACGUACAGGAGGAGGUCCUCUUUCGUGUCAUUCCAUGCCUAUUUCCCGCUGACAAUCCGCAACAAUCGGAGAGUUGUUCGCACAUAGGUUUACACGGCAACAUGUGGUGUCGACGCUGCAAACUAGGAGGUACUGAGGUCAACAGAGAGUCUGACACGAAUUAUCACGCUCAUUUUGAGAUAGACCCAGACAACCUACGGACAGCGGAACAGACAAGAGAAGAAGUCCUAACGCAGAUCAGGCUUGCGGCACUUGGAGUGAAGAAGGAUGUUACUCAGCGCCAGACGGACACUGGAGUGAAAGACAAACUCGCCGAAUAUUGGAUCAAAAUUAUGCUGGAGCGGGCACGCAUCGAGCAACAAUCUAUGGUGCUGACCAUUAAGAAGGAGAUACAGGCUGAACUGCUUGAUUGGCUUGUGAAGCAACCAUCCAACGACUACAACAAGCUACCUGUGAAUUCCCGCAUCGAUAUUCAUCGUGAGACACCAGUCGAGCUCCUGCAUACGUAUCUGCUUGGUCAAGACAAGUACGUAUGGCACUACACCCACUCGAGCUGGUCCCCAAAGCAAUUUGAAACAUUCGCUGUGCGCUUACAAUCGUCAUCUGUCGACGGACUCAAUAUCCUGCCACUCCGUGCGCGCUACAUCAUCCAAUAUAAGGACAACCUCAUUGGCAAGCACUUCAAAGCACUGCAGCAGCUCACCAUAUUCCACCUCGACGAUAGCAUGUGCCCCCCUCUCGUGCAGGACCUAUGGAAGGCAACCGGUGAACUUGGUGCGCUCCUAUGGUUUACUGAAAUUGACGACAUGAACAUAUAUCUGGUACGUCGUAAUCUGACCUUUCGCCUUCAUCAGCAAAUGUGCACAUCACUUACUCAGUCUUACUCGCACUUACGGAGCUUAACAGACUUAAUCAUCUCCUUAGUCGACUUACUGGCUUUGGAAUACCUGUGCCUCACAGGAGUGCCACGUCGUCAAGCAGCAAUAAGAGUAUAA